GCUCACACCUGAUUACCACUUUCCAAUUUCUUACUAACCCUAAAAACCCUAGUAUAAAGACUCUCGUCAGACGCCGCUCUCUCGUCCUUAACCCAGAAAUUCACCUCCGUAGCUAGGGCUUCUCUGCAUUUGCUGCAAUGGGUAAGGGAACAGGGAGUUUUGGUAAGAGGAGGAACAAGACCCACACCCUCUGUGUCAGGUGUGGUCGCCGCAGCUUCCACCUCCAGAAGAGUCGUUGUUCAGCCUGUGCUUUCCCUGCUGCCCGCAAGAGGAAAUACAACUGGAGUGUGAAGGCCAUCAGAAGAAAGACUACUGGAACUGGAAGGAUGAGGUAUCUCCGCCAUGUACCUCGCAGGUUCAAGAGUGGAUUCAGAGAAGGUACUCAAGCAGCACCAAGGAAGAAGGGAGCAGCAGCAACAUCUGCUUAAGUUCUGAAAGAGUCAUUUUGAUCGGAAUUUGAGUACCUUAUUAUAGAUUUUUAGUCAGCAGCCAUGUGUUUGAUCAAACAAGUUUUAUGAGAACACUGUUUUAUUGAUGUUAUUCACUUAUGACGUUAUUUAAUCAAUGUAGUUUUGAUUUGUAAUUUUAUUUUUGAUUGAGGUUUUGGAGAACUAUUGCUUGACCCUUUAGUUAUUUGAUGUCUCAAUUGAAAUGCAUAAA